GCAGUUUGUUUCAGCUCUUUUACAGAAGAGGGAGUGUUUCUUUGAAAUUAAUUUAAAAAAAAAACCAAGAUGAAGUCCUGCAUAAUUAUUUUAUUAAUAAUCUCUGUUGUUAAUACUCAAAUUAAUUACGAAUCUGGAUCAUCGCUGGGAAAUUUUGAAAUAUCUCAAGUCAGUAAUGGCGCUAAUGUUAGAGUUAUUGGCCCAGGAAGCAGCUCAAUCAAUGGCAUUAAUAUAUCUGGAAAUCGAGGAAAUCAAAGAAAAUCUUCAUCUGAAAUUAAUACUGUGCAUAUAGAUGGACAAAAUGGUGGAACUUUUGGUGGUCCAUUAAGAAUAAAUCAAAGAAGUGAGAAUGAUAUUGUGAGGAUUGGUCCAAAUAGAGCUACGAUUCCUAAUUUUAAUCCAUAUCCUCAAUAUAACUCUUAUGCUAAUAACAAAAGACCAGAUUAUUUUCAAGCAAAUCCUCAAUUUGCAGCUCCUGCAUCGUUACGUCCAUCAUUUCAAUAUCCAAGUAAAGUUUGUCAAAAAUAUAAUUUUCUGGUGAUUUAUUUUAUUUUUAUUUUAAAGGCAUCAGAAAUUCGUUGAAUAAUGGAAACGACUUUUUGAAGAAUAUAGUUCCUGGUGGAGGUGGAUUGAGUUUGCCGUUUCCCUAUUUUUGGGGCUAGUCGCUGACAACAUUAAGAUUAAGUUUAAUUAUAAAGCCUUACUUACAAAUAAAAGC